GAUAAUAACAAAAAAAAAAACAAAAGAAAAAAGUUAAGAAAAUAUAAAGGGGAAAGAGAAAGAAAAAUCAAUAAUAUUAUUAACAGAAAAAUAAAUAAAGAAAGCAUAAGACAAAAGAAAAAUUAUGAUUAUAAGCAAAGAAAGAAACGUAUGAAAAAGGGUAUAAGGCUAAGUAAAGAACAAGAAGACAGGAAAUGACAUUAAAAUACAACAAAUAACUAACAAAAAAGCGAAAUACAAAAAAAUUAACAAAAAUUUUAAAAAAUGUGAACAUUAACAAAAGAAGAGACACAACGCACGACAAUUAAUUGCACGAAUUAAAUGCCAAACGUCAAAAAAACAGAAAACAAAGAGAGUGUAGUCAAGUAAAAUACUUGGAGAGAGACAGCUGUAACCGGCGAAAACGUACAGAAGAUCGACCAAUCGAAUGCGCUAAUUAACUUAAAAACGUCAGAGGCGUUAAUUUCUGUGGUUAAUGACCACAAAACUCGAUAAUCUGUAGCCCAAAAUCAGUGUUGAUCAGCUGAGCGACAUACAACUGUUACACGUUAGCGCUAAAUUAGGCAAAUUAAAGUAAUUUCCGGCGACGCGACAAAGCUAACGAACGAAGUUUUUACAUACCAACACAACUAGUUAACUUGGGGAUGCUAUAAAUUUAUACCAACACCGACAGCGUAUUAUUAUUGACGAUGUCAUUUCGCUAUUAAACGGUGAACGAAACGGAUCAUAAAAUCAAUCAACGCUCGACGAUCAAAGACGCGACUACGACGAUUGCAACAAACUGCAACGAAUAACGAGUAGCGAGCAACGGCAAACCAUAUUGAUAUUGAAACAUACAAAAACAAAAGCUCGUAUUUAGUGUUUCGCGAUGCGUUCGAAUAUUUAUCACGUUGUAAGUGAAUAUAGCUAGCGGGUGUUGAAUGUCUAAAAUCGAACAAUUGCACACGCCUAUUCGGAAAGUGUCGUUAAUUGUAUAAUUAUGAGAUCAUAAAGUUCAUAAAACGCAUAGAAAAAUUAAAUUAGGCAUUAAAAUGUAAAGUGUGUGCGUGAAUAUAAGAAUUACAAUAAAUAAAAAUAUAUAUAAAUUUAUGAAAUCCAAAAAAUAUGAAUGAACGCGCCGAAACGGUGCCAGAUGUCCUUGUUAAUGGCCAGGCGAAUGGCAGUAUUAUAUCGCAUGCCGGCGAUGGGAAUGCGGGCAUUCUCACGCACAACAGCAAUAACAACAUCAAUAAUCAUAGUGGCAAUAAUAGCACCAUUACAAAUGGGUUGAAUUACAAUAAUUCGAGCAUAUCAUUGGCUAUACCGCUUGUGUCCAAUACAGCGGUCAAUAAUAUCGGCAAUAGCGGCACCUAUAAGAAUACCAUUGUUAUCGAUAGUCAGCCGAAGCGUAAAGUUAGCAUUGUAUCGGAUCCGGCGAGUGAGGCGCGUAGCAUUGGCGCCUAUGAUAAUCCAGCUUAUGAACAAAAUCCGCAUCGCAAAAUAUCACAGACUUCCACACAUUCACACACAGAAUUUGGACCCACACGAAGAAAGAGUAUAUUGGUGAAUUCGUCAACCAAUAUAGCACCGUUACCUCCACCCAACACACAUGAUAAUGAAUCCGAUCGAGGAUCACUACACAGCUGUGGCGACAACAGUCGACCCUAUAGAUCAUCAGCGCUCGACAAUCUGAAUGCGAAAAUUUAUCAGCACCAACAAGAGCAAGCUCUCUAUGGACAGAGUAAUAAGCUGGAGGAGUCGUGGAUUUAUUCGUUCUGUUUAAAAUGCCAUGGCGAAGAAAAUCGGCCGUCUUGGGAGCCACCCUAUUGGCAAAAAAUUUGUCCCUACCCAUUGUGCCCAUCGUUUCGACAAUUUGCACGUCUACUCGUGCUCAUAGUAAUCGGUAUACUCAUCUGGUUCACGGCUUAUGUAAUCAUUGGCGAUUCAGCUGCACCAGGAGGUCAACUCUUCAAUUUGGUUGUACUGACGGUGGCGGCUAAUUUCGGCGGUUGGCUAAUAUCAUUGACGACAUUGCCGCGGCUCAUUGGUAUGCUGAUCGUAGGCAUAUUAUUUCAGAAUGUUGGCUGGGUCCACUUGGAUGGCGAUUUCUCACAGGUCACAGCGCAUUUGCGCAAAUUUGCGCUCACCAUUAUACUUAUUCGAGCUGGACUCGAAAUGGAACCGGAAGCUUUUCGUAAGGUCUACAAAACCAUAUUGAAACUUGGCGUCAUUCCAUGGUUCAUGGAAGCGAUCGUCAUUUCACUCACAACACAUUUCAUCUUGGACUUGCCCUGGAUUUGGUCAUUCCUCAUGGGUUCGGUUAUUGCUGCCGUCUCGCCGGCCGUUGUAGUGCCAUGUCUCUUCCGACUGCGCUCAAAGGGUUAUGGUGUGGCCAAAGGUAUACCCACAUUAAUUAUCGCCGUGUCGGGUAUCGACGAUGCGCUUUCAGUAGCACUCUUCGGUAUUAUAAGUAGCGUACUGUUUUCGGAUCGUGGUCUGGCCUUUCAAAUAUCACAAGCGCCGAUUUGUAUCGUUGGCGGUUUGGCGUUCGGUGUGAUGUGGGGUUAUAUGGCGAGAUUUUUUCCCGAGAAGGGUGAUGAAUAUGUUGUGCCGUUGCGUUCCAUACUUUUGUUUGUUGGUGGCUUAGUUGCGAUUUACGGCAGUGAAAGGUUGGAAUAUGAAGGCGCCGGUCCGUUGGCUGUCGUCUUUGCAGCAUUUACAUCGAACCUUUUUUGGUGCAAGCAAGGCUGGGAGGUGGACGAUAAUCCGGUGGGGACAGCAUUCGAAAUUAUUUGGAUGAUAUUCGAGCCGAUAUUAUUUGGCAUCACCGGUGCAACGAUUAAGAUAAACGAAUUGGACGGCGACGUGGUCUAUCUAGGCGUGACCUGCAUUGUUGUCUCUUCCAUUAUACGCAUACUCUGCACCGCCGGCAUCGCCUUCGGUGAUCGACUCAACACGAAAGAGAAAUUUUUUGUCGCCAUCUCGUGGAUGUCAAAGGCCACCGUGCAGGCCGCACUCGCACCGGUCGCCUUACGCAACUUGGGCGACAAUGCCACCGACGCGGAGAAGCGUUACGCCUAUAUUGUGCAGACACUUUGCGUUUUAAGUAUUGUGUUGACAGCGCCAUUGGGCGCCAUCUUGAUUACACUCACCGGGCCGCGCUUGCUGACACGCACCAAACAGCCGCAAGUGCUGGAGGGUUGGCGCCGCAGCCAUCGGCCAUCCAUUCGUGACAUUAGCAUUAUUGACGAGGAGGAGGAGCGCGAGGAUCCGGAAUUACCGGCAGAUAAAACCACCGCCGACAAUACACAAUCGAAUGCACACAUCAACAAUAUUGGCUAUGGUCAUUAGCCUACGACUCCGCACACAUACACAUACACACAUAUAAACUCAUGAGAAAAUGCAGUUGUGCAGCAACAACUCUUACGCUUUUGGUCUGCACUAACGAAGAAACCGAAAAAUUUCAAAAUAUGACAUUGCUUUUGUUUGUAGAACGACGUGUUGUAGUACAUGUUGUUGUUGCACAGGGUUUUCACUACGUUUACGUGAUUACGUUGCUGAAUAAAUGAUAAUGUACGAAUAUGUUGCAAAUAGUAUUAAGCAGCAGCCAUCGGCAGGAGAUGUGAAUAUCUAUUCUACAGAUACUACUAUGCCCACCCCUACCGCCCAUAAGUUUGUUUUUGUGUUUAUUUGUUUGCUUAUUUGUUGCGCCUAAUUGUUUAUAAGUUAUAAAUUACUUGAUAAAAAAUAAUAUAUAUAUAUAUACUUAAUUAAUAAAAAUGAAUAUUGAAACGAA